AUGCCUCUUCGCCCCCCGAGGCUCCCGUCGGCCUGCGGCCCCAGUGCCAUGCGGGGCGCCGAGGGCUGCUUCGAGGUGACCAGCCUCGGCAGCGCGGCCGGCAUCGUGGUUUACGAGACCACGGGCCAUGUCGGUUUGCCGGACAAGUGGGCCUACCACAUCGAGAACGCGAGCCCCCACCCGCACCGGGAUCUCAGCAGGAUGAGAGGGAACGCCACCUGGGGCGAGUGCGGCUCUUCCGACGCUCUGGCCAAGCUUGCGAGGCUCAAGAUCCCGACGAAGUACGUGGUGUGCCGGAGAACAGAUGAUGACGACAGCAUCACCGAGGAGCACGUUCGGGAACAGAACAGGUGGGCCAACGAGGCCUUCGGCGGGCGCUCGCCUUGGGAGCAAAUGGACUUCGACAAGGGACGUCCAGUGUCCGUGGAUAUGCAGAUCAGCUUCGAGCUCAUAGACAUCACGAUCGUGACCGACAUUGAGUGUGCCCAGAAGGGGUUCGUGCGCACGGGACUGCUGCACAAGUACAAUCGUGAUCCAUCGGAGCACCUCACCGUCGUCAUCAUCACGGACGAUAGCUCGGGCAUCCUGGGCCAGACGGAGUUCCCGUUUAACGCGCCAGAGAACAGCCCAGAGCACGUGGUUGUGGUGUCGAGCGUCGGAUUGCGGGGUUAUGCACAAAGGUUCGGCACGGGCAUGCUGUACGACGAGGGGGACACGGUUGUGCACGAGAUCGGGCACGGGCUUGGCUUAUACCACACUUUCGAGUCGGGCUGCUCCGACCUGGGCGACUGGGUGGACAAGUCCUGCGGCCAGAUCGACCCAGUCCACAACUUCAUGGACUACUCGCCGGACACGUGCAUGAUGGGCUUCUCGGAGGGCCAGAAGCGCCGCGCAUGGUGCGUGUUCGAGCACUACCGCCCCACCCUCUACCAGAAGUCCCUGAAAUUGUAG